AUGACUUCGACCGCCACGACCCUCAAGGGUCAGCCCCUGGACAAGCCCGUCCUGGACGCCAUGCUGCGGCGACGAAUGUUCUACACGCCUUCCUUUGAGAUCUACGGCGGCGUCGGUGGUCUCUACGACUACGGCCCGCCCGGCUGCGCCCUCCAGGCCAACAUUGUCGACUUGUGGCGCAAGCACUUCGUCCUGGAGGAGGACAUGCUCGAGGUCGACUGCACGGCUCUCACCCCUCACGAGGUCCUCAAGACGAGCGGCCACGUCGACAAGUUUGCCGAUUGGAUGUGCAAGGACCCCAAGAAUGGCGAGAUCCUGCGAGCCGACCACUUCGUCGAGGCCAUGCUCGAGGCACGGCUGAACGGCGACAAGGAGGCCCGUGGCCAGAAGGUGGAGGAAAAGGAUGAUCCGAAAAAGAAGAAGAAGAAGGGCAAGUCGGAGGCUGUGAAGCUCGAGGACGCCGUCGUCAAGGAAUACGAGGAGGUCCUGGCCAGGAUCGACAACUACGACGGCCCGGAGCUCGGCGCGCUCAUCAAAAAGUACGAGCUGAAGAACCCGGCCACCGGCGUCCUACCGUCGGACCCCGUGGCCUUCAACCUCAUGUUCCAAACGUCGAUUGGCCCCAGCAGCAACCUCCCCGGUUACCUCCGGCCCGAGACGGCGCAGGGCCAGUUUCUCAACUUCGCCAAGCUCCUCGAGUUUAACCAGAGCCAGAUGCCUUUUGCUUCCGCUUCCAUCGGCAAGUCGUACAGAAACGAGAUUUCGCCCCGCGCCGGCCUCCUGCGCGUGCGAGAGUUUCUCAUGGCCGAGAUCGAGCACUUUGUCGACCCGCAAGGUGGAAAGAAGCACAGUCGGUUCCACGAGGUGGAGCAUGUCGAGCUCGUCCUUCUGGAUCGCGACACGCAGCUGUCGGGUAAGACGGCGACGAGAAAGAUCACCGUCGGCCAGGCCGUCAAGGAGGGCCUCGUCGACAACGAGACGCUAGGAUACUUCCUCGCCAGGAUCAAGCUUUUCCUCGAGAGGAUCGGCGUGGACCUGUCCAAGAUGCGGUUCCGUCAGCACAUGCAAAACGAGAUGGCUCAUUACGCCUGCGACUGUUGGGACGCGGAGCUGCUCACCUCCUCCGGCUGGGUGGAGUGCGUCGGCUGCGCCGACAGGAGCGCCUACGACUUGAGCGUGCACGCCAAGAAAACCGGCGCGCCUCUCGUCGUUCGCGAGCGGCUCGACGAACCUCUCGUCAUCGAAGAGUGGCAGGUCGACAUCGAGAAGAAAAAGUUCGGCCCUCAGUUCAAGAAGGACGCCAAGACGGUCGAGACGGCUCUGCUCGCCACCUCUCAGGAGGAGCGGGCGGCCUUGUCGAAGCAGCUGAGCCAGCAUGGCAAGCUUACCCUCCAGGUCGCCGGCGUCGGUGACGGAAAGGUCGACGUCAGCAACGACUCGGUCAAGAUCGAAUUCAGGAAGCGGGUCGAGAACACGCGAGAAUUCACGCCCAACGUCAUCGAGCCCUCGUUUGGCAUCGGCCGAAUCCUCUACUCGCUGAUUGAGCACAACUUCUGGACUCGCGCGAGCGACGGAGGCGACGAAGCCCGCGGCGUUCUCUCCUUCCCCCCCACGGUCGCGCCCACCAAGGUUCUCAUCGUUCCUUUGUCGUCCAACGCGCAGUUCAAGCCGCUCAUCACGAAGCUGUCGCAGAAACUGCGUGGCCUCGGCGUGUCAAGCCGCGUCGACGACUCGUCGGCGAGCAUCGGCAAGCGAUAUAGCCGGAACGACGAACUCGGCACCCCGCUCGGCAUCACGGUGGACUUUCAGACCCUGCAGGAUGGUUCCAUCACGCUGAGAGACCGCGACUCGACCACGCAGGUCCGGGCGGAGGAGGGCAAGAUCCUUGAGGCCAUACAGUCGCUCGUCGACGGCCGCAAGCGCUGGGAAACCGUCGCCUCGGAGCUGCCCAAGUUUGAGGGCCAGGAGGUCGAGGUUGCUGUUCGCUAG